AUGAUUUUACGAUACAAUUUUCUUUUCUUUUCUACAUUUUUUCUCUUUGUUUCUCUUAUUCUCUUCAAAGAAAAGAAAAGUUUCUCUUAUUCUCUUCACCUUCCUCGUUUCUCUUAUUCUCUUCACCUUCCUCGUUUCUCUUAUUCUCUUCACCCUUCCUCGUUUCUCUUAUUCUCUUCAAAUUCUCUUCAAGUGUUUCUCUUAUUCUCUUCAAUUCUCUUCACCCUUCCUCGUUUCUCUUAUUCUCUUCACCCUUCCUCGUUUCUCUUAUUCUCUUCACCCUUCCUCGUUUCUCUUAUUCUCUUCACCCUUCCUCGUUUCUCUUAUUCUCUUCACCCUUCCUCGUUUCUCUUAUUCUCUUCACCCUUCCUCGUUUCUCUUAUUCUCUUCACCCUUCCUCGUUUCUCUUAUUCUCUUCACCCUUCCUCGUUUCUCUUUUCUCUUAUUCUCUUUUCUCUUUAUUCUCUUCACCCUUCCUCGUUUCUCUUAUUCUCUUCACCCUUCCUCGUUUCUCUUAUUCUCUUCACCCUUCCUCGUUUCCUUCUACUUCUCCAAUUCCUUUCUAUAUUAUGUGUUUGA